UCAAUACUCAAUUUGUCUAUUUAUAUUCACACCACCAUCUUCUUAUCUACUAUCCCAUCAUCACAUUCACACCUCUCUAUAUUUCCUCUCUGCUCUCUCCAUUUUCGCUAUCCGAAUCCUCAAUCAGGUCGGAUCUCACCCACUACCAGUAGCUUCAGCACCUCACACCGGAAGUCUCAAUUAGCAACUGCGCUAUCCGCUUUUGACCGCAUAAUGAGCACCACAGGGGUGAGAAAAAGGGCCACAAUGGAAGAAUUGAGGAGUCUGAGAAUGGUAACGGCAGUCAAGACUCCAUACUUAGCCAAUGGCCGAAUCGAUCUCGAUACAUAUGAUAACUUGGUGAACAUGCAAAUUGCAAAAGGUGUUGACGGUAUCCUUGUUGCUGGAACAACUGGUGAAGGCUCUUUAAUGACCUGGGACGAACAAAUAAUGCUUAUAGCCCACACAGUCAAGUCUUUUGGCGACAAAGUCAAGGUUAUCGGCAACGGUGGAAGCAACUGCACAUCAGAAGCAAUUACUGCCACCGAGCGAGGUUUUGCUGUUGGAAUGGAUGCUGCAAUGCAUAUAAACCCUUACUAUGGAAAAACCUCAUCAGAGGGUUUGAUUGCUCACUAUAAUUGUGUGCUUUCAAUCGGGCCGGUGAUCAUAUACAACGUACCAGCUAGGACUAAUCAUGAUAUUCCUCCUAGUGUAGUUGAAAAAUUGGCUGAACAUCCUAACUUGAUUGGCAUCAAAGAAUGUAUAGGAAACGACAGAGUGAAAAUGUAUACGAGCAAGGGACUUCAUGUUUGGACCGGAACCGAUAGAGAAAGCCAUGAUGCUAGAUGGGAAUGUGGUGCUGCUGGACUUUAUUCGGUUGCUGGAAACUUGAUUCCUGGUUGGAUGAAGGAACUCGUGGUUGAGGGUAAGAAUCCUUCAUUGAAUGCGAAGUUGGCGCCUUUGUUCGAUUGGAUAUUUCAUGUGCCGACGCCGGUUGCUUUGAACACUGCGCUUGCUCAACUUGGAGUUAUUAAACCAGUUUUCAGGCUACCACAUGUUCCUGUUCCUAUUGAGAAGAGGAGAGAGUUUGUGAAUUUGGUGAAGGAAUUUGGUAGAGAGAAUUUUGUUGGUGAAAAAGAUGUUCAAGUUCUUGAUGAUGAAGACUUUAUUAUUGUUGCUCGUUACUAAGCUGAAAAACCAUGUCCAUAUAUGACAUUGUAGUGUCAUAUUAAGUUGACAAAUUCAAUAAGAUAUGCUUUAUUUUUCAGUUACAA